AUGGCUUCUUUGUUGCGACACAUUGUCGCCGGGCCACGAGCACGACACGCCGAGUCAGACCUAGAUCUUUGCUAUGUCACAUCCAACAUCAUCGCGACCUCCGGUCCGUCUGGCACAUACCCCCAAAGAGCCUACCGAAACCCCCUCGACCGGUUAGUGACCUUCCUCGACUCGAAGCACCAAGACAACUGGGCGAUAUGGGAGUUUCGCGCCGAAGGAACAGGGUACCCAGAUGAGGAGGUGUACGGCCGCGUACGGCAUUACCCAUGGCCCGACCACCACCCACCGCCAUUUCGCCUGAUACCCAUGAUCAUGGCCAGCAUGCGGAACUGGUUGCACGGAGGGGAUCUUGAACGGGGAGAUGUCGCUGUCGGCGCUGUAGAUAAGACUGCCAAGACAAACAAGGAGAGAGUUGUGGUUGUCCACUGCAAGGCUGGCAAGGGCAGAAGCGGCACUGUGUCGUGCAGCUACCUCAUCUCCGAGUGCGGGUGGAAGCCCGACGAGGCUCUUACAAGGUUCACGGAAAGAAGAAUGCGCCCCAAGUUCGGUGCCGGCGUUUCCAUCCCCAGUCAGUUACGGACGAUCACCUACGUGGACCGGUGGACGAAGGGCGGAAAGAAGUACAUCGACAGGGCCAUCGAGAUUGUUGAGAUACACGUCUGGGGUCUCCGCAGUGGCGUCAAGUUUGAUGUCGAGGGUUUCGCCGAGGAAGGAAAAAAGAUCAAGGUCUUUCAUACUUUCAAGAAGAGCGAGAGGAUCGUUGUCCAGGGCGAUGCUCCGAGUGGAGGCGGCGUCGGCCGCAUGAUGACUGACAUGGCGAGCGUCGGUAUCAAGCCUACUGAGAAGGCCCCCGAGGCGGCGCCACUUUCAGAACCCACCAACACGAACAACGGCCGCAAAAGCAGCUCCGAGAAGAAGGCAGCCGGAGACAAGACGACUGAGAACGAUGAUUCCGUACACUCACAGAGCGAGGCAAAGAAGCUGCGCACUGCAAAGACGGCUUCUCUUAUCCGGGACCCUGGUUUGGAACAUGGUGCGAACCAGAAGAGAAGCGAGACUGAAGCCCCGAUGGCGGCUCACUCAAACACGCAGCCCGCCGGAAAGUCUAGUGAAGGCGAAGACAACGAACCUGGCGGCAUGGCUGUCAUCCUCAAGCCGAAGGAGGCGAUCAGAAUCCCCAACAGCGACGUCAACAUUUCCGUGGAGCGCCGGAACCGCACUUCCUCGUCCAUGGGAUUAACGAUGGUAACCGCUGUCGCCCACGUCUGGUUCAACGUCUUCUUCGAGGGCAACGGCCCAGAGCAAGACGGCAAAGCCGACGCCAGCGGUGUAUUCGAGAUCGACUGGGAAGCCAUGGACGGCAUCAAGGGCUCCAGCAGAAAAGGAUCUCGCGCGUUCGACAAGAUCGCCGUGGUCUGGCGCGUCGCCGACUCCCAACGAGCCGAGGACGGCGGCGACGAGGUCGUACCGACGGACGGUGAGAUUAUCAACGAACCCUCGACCAACUCGCCUGUACCGCAGAUGAGGCCUGCCGACUGGAAGGGAGACAACAAGGAGGACCCGAUUGCUGAGAAACAUUUAGGUCUGAGAACUGAGAACCCCGAGAGUGCGGACGUGAGCCGGGCGAGCAGCGUCAAGGACGCGGACAUCAAGGACGAGAAUGAUACGGACUCCCUGGAAGGUGUGAAGACUAGCGGGCCUUUUGGCGAGGAGAGGUUGGAUGCUGACGAAAUUAAUGCGAAGAAGGUCGAGAAAGAGGCAGGCGAGGGGAGUCUGAAUAGACAGGAUCCCGGGCCGGAGCUACUGAGUACCCCUGAUACGGCAAGUGGGACGACGGCGCAGGGGAGCACGGAGGUGAAGAAGUAA